CUAGUACGCAGUGUGAUAGGUCUUGCAAAUCCUCGCUCCCGCAUUUGCCGGGUGAGCAGCCGGCGCGUCAUCGAUUAUUUUCGGCCCGCUCGGCCGUGACGGAAAGCCUUCUUGUCAAAUUCCGGCUUCCACCUCCUUGGACCCGUCAACGCGCCUUUCGUUGCGCUCACCAUGACGAACACUCCGUUCUGGCUCGGAGGCGUUGCUGCGUCCUUGGCCACGUCCAUCACGCAUCCGCUGGACUUUGCCAAAGUGAGAAUGCAGACGAUAGAGACUGCGCCGGGGGUGCAGAAGCCUUCUAUUAUAUCGGUAUUACGUGCUUCCAUCCACGAGUCCGGUAUCCGCAGCGUCUACACGGGCCUCACGGCAGCCUGGUUGCGGCAAAUGAGCUAUACGCUCGUGCGGAUAGGCACGUACGAGGAGCUCAAGACCCGCAUCUCCCACAACGGCCCGCCCUCGGCCCUGCAGCUCCUCACAGCCGCGAGUCUGGCCGGUGCGCUCGGGGGAAUCGCAGGCAAUCCCGCUGGUGCGUUUGCGCCCCAACCGGGGAUAACUUCUGCCGUCAUGGAGCACCGAAUCAUCAUCGUUCCAGAUAUCGUUCUGGCACGGGCCGUGCUGAUGAACGCCUCACAAGUUGGAUCUUAUGAUUUCAUCAAAUCCAGCUUGCUGAGGCACUCCGCGACACUGUUCGACUAUCAGCUGAAAGAUAAUCUGCUUUUGCACGUUAUCUCCAGCCUUUCGGCAGGAGCUGUGGCCACCACCGUCUGCUCUCCGCCUGAUGUGAUGAGGACGCGGAUUAUGUCGCAAAACUCUAAAGCCUCGUUUCUGCAUGUUCUGACUACUUCGAUCCGAGAAGAGGGCCCGAGAGUGCUCUUCAAGGGCUGGACACCCGCCUUCAUCCGCCUUGGACCACAGACUGUGCUCAUGUUUGUGUUCUUCGAGCAACUCAAAAAGGCAUGGAUCAAUCUACACAGCUGAUAGACUAGAUGCACACCUAUAUACCAGAUCUAGAUUAUCUAUACAUAGAUGUCGAAUCAGUGUAUUAUUGUAUCAUUUGUACAACACGCUAAUUUCCACUAGAAACCUACUUCAAAGAGGCCAAGACGACCUGAUCACCCACGUUUACCCAGCCAUCGCCCGUGCUGAGGUCUUUCCGCCACAAGAGGUGCACCCCAAACUCAAUCUUCCCGCGCGCAUUCUUCCGCCGGCGCGCCAAACAGCUCAGAGGCUCACGCGUCCGGAUUCCGGUGGCCUGAUCGAUGCAGACCAUCAAGCACCGCCUGCAGCGCGCCAGCACCUGGAACGUCUCCUUCCCAAUGCGCACGAGAUCCACGCCGUCCUCGUGGAACGCAGGCAGCGACGCCGCCGCGAUCGUGAAGUUCGCGCGGAAGCAGUCCGCCUUGACCGCGUCGUCCGGCGCGAUCCACGCGUUGAGCUGGUCGACGGACGCGCGCGAGAUCAGCAGGAAAGGGCUUUCGUUCGAGAGCAGAAUCGGUACCGCUGCGCCCGCGACGCCCUCGAAAUGCCCGUGCCGCUCUGCUCCAAGCGCGACCCGUCGCAGGCUGCAGCUGAUCCCGAGGAACUCGCUAAACCACGCGUCUGUUUUCGGAUCCGAGGGACUGGAGGGGACGAUAUCCGCACAGAGAUUGGUAUCCGCGGCUGCGCUCUCCCCCGCGGACCGUGCCAGCGGCAGUGCCAGGUCCGGCAUCCCUAGAGCCCGCACGAGUAGGAUACCAGCUCGGAUAUCAACGGAGGGUCGAAUGAGCGCCAUUCGGGAAUACUGUUUCUGCGACAGCGUCCGCCCCGACGCGGAGUUCACUAGCAUCCAUUCUCGGUCGUAGAGCAGCCCC